AUGCUUAGGAAAGCAGAAGAGGAAAGUCUUGAUGUAAGGAUACGAAAGAUAUCGUUUGGAAUACUGUCACCCGAUGAGAUAGAAAGGCUAUCUGUACAUUCAAUUUCGAGCAAGGAUCUUUAUGACAUGCAUACCCGAAGACCUUUGGCUGAUGGCCCAUUGGAUCUGAGGCUGGGCGUAGGAAACAAGAGAGACAAGUGCAACACAUGUGGAGAAGGCUUGGCAACAUGCAUUGGCCACUUUGGAGAGGUGAAGCUCACGCUUCCAGUGUUCAACAUUGGGUUGAUAAAACAAACGAUCUCUGUGCUGAACUGUAUCUGCAAAAGUUGUGGAGAAGUGCUUCUUAACGAGAAGAAAAAGGUGUAUUUUAAGAAGAAAAUCAGAGAGAGCAAUGAGCGAAGCAGUUUGGUGCUUGUGCUGAGGAGGGUUAUUGCUGAAUGCAAGAAGUGCAAUACAUGCCCCGUAUGCCUGGCAAGAAACGGACAGGUCAAGAAAACAUUUGGGUUCAAGAUGGUGCAUGAAGUGGAUGAGGUAGGCAGAAGAAAGAAGAAAGAGGAUGUGACCGAAUGCAGCAUAGAGGAGAUUAAUCCUCUUACUGCACUUAACCUUUUUGGGAUGAUGAGGCCGGAUGAUUAUGAGUUGUUUGGGCUUUCUGAAUCACCAGAGAGAUUUAUAGUGCAGAGUGUGAUUGUUCCACCAUGCUGCAUCCGUCCAAGUGUGUCGAUGGAGGAUGAGGGGACGAAUGAGGAUGACAUAACAAUUAAGAUUAGCGAGAUAGUGCACACAAACAAGAUACUGAGCGAAGGUAUAGAGAAAGGCAACUCGCUGAAUCUGAUCAAUGACGACUGGGAUCAGCUGCAGCUGCUGUGUGCAUUGCUGAUCAAUUCGGAGCUUCCGCAAAUAGGGAUUCCUGGGCAGCCGAUUCGAGGAUUGGUGCAACGGUUAAAAGGGAAGAAUGGCAGGUUCAGGUGCAAUUUAAGUGGAAAAAGGGUUGAUUUCAGUGGGAGAACAGUUAUAUCGCCAGACCCGAACUUGGGGAUUGAAGAAGUCGGCAUUCCUGUAAGAAUGGCAAAAAUAAUGACGAUACCUGAGAAAGUAACCGAGUUUAAUAAGAAAAGAUUACAGGAACUAGUGAUGAAUGGGCCUGAGAAGUAUCCUGGUGCAAACUAUGUUGUUGGAGAGAAAUUCAAGAGGUUUUUGCUGUAUGGAAAACGAGACACAGCGCUGAAGAACGGAGAGAUUGUUGAGAGGCAUCUUAUGAACGAUGACAUUGUUUUGUUCAACAGGCAGCCAUCACUGCAUAGGAUGAGCAUUAUGUCACACAGGGUAAAGGUGCACAAAGAUCGAACGCUUCGGUUCAAUGAGUGUGUAUGCACGCCUUACAAUGCAGAUUUUGACGGGGAUGAAAUGAAUGUUCACGUCCCGCAAACAGAAAAGGCAAGGGCUGAGGCAUCUGUAUUGAUGUCUAUUUGCAACAAUAUUGUUACGCCGAGGCAUGGAGAGCCGAUAAUAGCAGCCACACAGGACUUUAUUACUGGAAUGUAUUUGAUAACUGGAAAAGAUACGUUUUUUGAUAGGGAAAGGUUUGGGCAGGUUGUAAGCUACUUUUGCGAGGCACGUGUGUAUGCCAAGCCAGCAAUAAAGAAACCGAUUGAGCUGUUUACUGGAAAACAGUUGAUUGAGGUUCUAAUAAGAGAUUCACUGCAUGUGAAUCAGAAGUGGAAUAAGAAAGGAAGUGCAGUGGAUGCAGUGUCGAUUAUUGGUAAGAACAGGGGAUUUAAAUCAUUUGAAGAUCCGAAUGAUGGAAAUGUAGUCAUAUUGGACAACACAUACUACUUUGGACGACUAGACAAAUCGAUUAUUGGAGGAGAGAACAAGAAGGACAGUCUUAUAUAUGCCAUGAUGAAGAUUAGCAACGAGUCGGCUGUGCGAAUGAUGAAUGGAAUGACUAGGCUGUGCUCUAGAUACUUGGGAGAGGUUGGAUUCAGCAUAGGGUUAGACGAUGUACAGCCAGGCCCGAUUCUUAGGAGCAAGAAGAAUAUGGUGGUGAAGAAAGGAUAUGAAGAAUACGAAUUGAAGAUCCAGGAACACCAGUUGAAGGAAGAAAACAGCAAUGAGGUGCUUGAGAUGGAAGUUUCGUCGAUUUUGAGCCAUAUACGAGAAGAGUGUGGGUCUAUAUGCAUAAAAGAGCUGAGUGUUAGAAAUGCACCUAACAUAAUGCAAGCAUGUGGAUCGAAGGGAUCGAAGAUCAAUGUGUCGCAGAUGGUUUCUUGUGUAGGGCAACAGAUUGUGAGUGGAACAAGGAUCCCCAAUGGAAUGGAUGGCAGAUGUCUUCCUCACUUUCGAAGAGGAGUGAAUACACCUGAAUCGAAAGGAUUUGUGCUGAAUUCGUUUUUUGAUGGGCUGACAUCGCCUGAAUUUUUUUUUCAUGCGGUGAGUGGGCGUGAAGGAUUGGUUGACACGGCAGUAAAGACUGCAGAGACGGGGUACAUGCAACGGAGGCUGAUGAAGGCACUUGAGGAUCUGAGUGUACAGUACGAUGGCACGGUACGCACAUCUGGUAUGGAAGUGGUCCAGUUUGUCUAUGGAGAGGACCAGAUUGAUCCUGUAAUGGCAGAGAGCGAUGAGGUGAUCAACUUUGAAAGGAUGUUUUUGCACGUUAGGUCACAGUUCAGGAAGUUUCUGGAAAGUGGGAGAAAUCCAAGGAUGCUGAGUGAGUUUUUGAAUGAGAGUGAGAUAGCCAGCAUGCUUGAGCAGCGCAUACCUCGAGAGUAUGUGCACAAGCAUGUUCUUAACAAGAAGUUCUUGGGCGGAAUGUAUAAAUGCAUUAUGGCGAAGGCUGAAGACACUUUUUUACUUGGAACGAAGUCUUUGAAUAUUUUGCUGUGCAUUGAGUUUAUGGAAAUGUUCGCUGCAGAGGUUUCGAGGAAGAUAGUGCAGAUGAUUGUUGAGCCGGGGACAACGGUUGGAGCAAUAGCAGGGCAGAGCAUUGGAGAGCCUGGAACACAGAUGACUUUGAAGACGUUUCAUUUUGCAGGAGUGGCUAGUAUGAACAUUACGCUGGGAGUUCCGAGACUGAAGGAGAUUAUCAAUGCGGUGUGCAAUAUAUGCACUCCGAUAAUAAAUGCAGAGCUGGAAUCGCCGCAGGACCUGUUCCGUACCGAAGUGAUAAAAGGAAGUAUCGGGAGGAUAUUUUUGCGUGACAUCUGCUCGUCGGUAACUGAGGUGAUUGGAAAGGAUGAAAUAGCACUUGAUGUGAGCGUGGAUAUUGACAGCAUAUCAAGACUGAAGCUGAACCUUGAUAUGCAUAAGAUAGAAAGAUGUCUAGGGAUUCAGGAGCCAACAAAGAUUAUGGAUGGGAAUGUGAUCAGGAUAGGGAUCAGGAAGGUUACGGAUCAGAGCUACUUUGGGAUGCAGAAGAUCAAGAAGAAGAUUUUGAAUACAAAGGUAUAUGGAGUUUCCCAGGCAAGCAGAGUGGUGAUAAACAACAGCAGAGGGAUGUAUAGUUUGGUGAUUGAAGGAGGAGGCCUGCAGGAAAUCAUGAAUAUUGACGGAGUGAAGGGAGAAAGCACCACAUGCAACAGUGUGUCUGAGGUGGAGGCUGUUUUGGGAAUAGAAGCAGCCAGAGCACAGAUUAUCCAUGAGAUUGAGUAUACAAUAAGCAACCAUGGGAUUAAGAUUGAUCCAAGGCACAUUAUGCUGCUGGCAGACACAAUGACAUACCGAGGAGAGGUUUUUGGAAUAACAAGAUUUGGAAUAUCGAAGAUGUCGGGCUCAACGCUUAUGCUGGCGUCUUUUGAGCAGACAAGCGACUAUCUAUUUGAAGCAGCGAUCCACAGCAGGUCUGAUAUGGUUUCUGGCGUUAGUGAGUCGAUCAUUCUUGGGAUUCCAAUCAGCAUAGGCACUGGAUCAAUGGACCUGUACUGGAAGGAGAAGAAAUAUUAA